GCCCAGGCCUGGCGUCACGGGGCGGAGGCGUCGCCCCUUGUCCGGCCGCGCACUCCGCAGGCGACGGGACGGGACGCGCUGAGCGCCCAGCGCGGCCAUGCGGGGCCUGGGCCCGAGACCGAGCGCGACCCUGAGGCCUAGCGCGACCCCCGGCGCGGUGCGACUCCACUGGCGGAGGCGGCGGGCGCGGGGCGCGCUCUGAGGCCCGGGGGAUGCGCCGCCGCCGCCGCGACCAUGGGCGCCGCCGCCUCCAGGAGGAGGGCGCUGAGAAGCGAGGCCAUGUCCUCGGUGGCAGCCAAAGUGCGGGCAGCCCGAGCGUUUGGAGAGUACCUGUCCCAGAGUCACCCUGAGAAUCGCAACGGUGCAGACCACCUGCUAGCUGACGCCUACUCUGGCCACGACGGGUCCCCCGAGAUGCAACCCGCUCCCCAGAACAAGCGCCGCCUCUCCGUAGUCUCCAAUGGCCGUUAUGAGGGCAGCCUCUCAGAUGAGGCUGUCAGUGGGAAGCCGGCUGCAGAGGGCCCCCAGCCCCGUGUGUACACCAUCUCAGGGGAGCCUGCUCUGCUGCCCAGCCCUGAGGCUGAAGCCAUUGAGCUGGCUGUGGUGAAGGGACGGCGACAGCAGGAGCGGCACCCUCACCACCACAGCCAGCCCCUGCGUGCCAGCCCAGGCAGCAGCCAUGAGGAUGUCAGCAGGUCCUGCCAGAGCUGGGCAGGCAGCCGCCAGGGCUCCAAGGAAUGUCCUGGAUGUGCCCAGCUGGCUCCUGGGCCCUCUCCUCGGGCCUUUGGGUUAGACCAGCCACCUCUGCCCGAGGCCUCUGGCCACCGCAAGAAGCUCGAGAGGAUGCACAGCGUGGAUCGAGUGUCUGAUGACGUCCCUAUCCGCACCUGGUUCCCCAAGGAAAACCUUUUCAGCUUCCAGACAGCAACUACAACUAUGCAAGCGGUGUUCAGGGGCUACGCGGAGAGGAAGCGCCGGAAACGGGAGAAUGAUUCCGCGUCUGUAAUCCAGAGGAACUUCCGCAAACACCUGCGAAUGGUUGGCAGUCGGCGGGUGAAGGCCCAGACGUUCGCUGAGCGGCGCGAGCGGAGCUUCAGCCGGUCCUGGAGCGACCCCACCCCCAUGAAAGCCGACACUUCCCACGACUCCCGAGACAGCAGUGAUCUGCAGAGCUCACACUGCACACUGGACGAGGCCUGUGAGGACCUGGACUGGGACACUGAGAAGGGCCUUGAGGCAGUGGCCUGCGACACUGAUGGCUUCUUGCCACCCAAGGUCAUGCUCAUCUCCUCCAAGGUGCCGAAGGCCGAAUACAUCCCCACCGUCAUUCGCAGGGACGACCCCUCCAUCAUCCCCAUUCUCUAUGACCAUGAGCACGCAACCUUCGAGGACAUACUGGAGGAGAUAGAGAAGAAAUUGAACGUCUAUCACAAGGGGGCCAAGAUCUGGAAGAUGCUGAUUUUCUGCCAGGGAGGCCCUGGACACCUCUAUUUGCUCAAGAACAAGGUGGCCACUUUUGCCAAGGUGGAGAAAGAAGAGGACAUGAUCCACUUCUGGAAACGAUUGAGUCGCCUGAUGAGCAAAGUAAACCCAGAGCCGAACGUCAUCCACAUCAUGGGCUGCUACAUUCUGGGAAACCCCAAUGGAGAGAAGCUGUUCCAGAACCUCAGAACCCUCAUGACUCCUUACAGGGUCACCUUUGAGUCGCCCCUGGAGCUGUCUGCCCAAGGAAAGCAGAUGAUUGAGACCUACUUUGACUUCCGGCUAUACCGCCUGUGGAAGAGCCGCCAGCACUCAAAGCUGCUGGACUUUGACGACGUCCUGUGAGGGGCAAGGGCCAUGCCCAGCACCACCAGGCCACUUACUCUGGACCGGGAAACUGGGGCUGGGCCACCUCCUGCACCCAGGACCGCAUGGCCCUGGUCUUGCCCAGAUCUGCUUCAGGGACCCUCAGACGUUGCUCAGGUUUUCGUGGGGUCUGGUCCUCGCUGCACCAGUGGGCCACAGAGCCCACAAUCUUGGGGCCGGGAAGAACCUCGCCCCACAGCCAGUGGACUCCUGGCGGCCAGGCACUGACCUGCCAUGCCUCGCCUGGAGGCUGCAGCGUUGGGAAUCCCCUCCACGGGGUUCAUAGAAAUAAGUGCAAUUUUUUAUAACCCUGAAACAAUUUGAAGGGAAGCAGCAUUUACUAGUUAACUAGUAAAGCGCUAUGCUACUAGUUACAGCAUAGACCCGGCCCAGUGUGUGUUCAGGUCCCUCUGUCCCCCCAGCCCCUCAGCCCUGCCGUAUUUGAUCACCAGCACCAGGGUGGCCCAUCUGUGUGAGGCCGGCACCGCCAGGCUGCCCAGCCUGGCCCUGUCUGCACUGACCGCAUCUGUCAGCUUUCACCUCUCCUGCCACCCAUGCUCACUGACCUCAGCCGGCACUGGGCCUGGGAAGCAGGAGGGAAGGUCUGGCCUCCUUCCUCUUAGAGGAGGCGUGAGGUUGGUGCCACUCCCCACCUCCAAGCCCACCCAUUUCCCUCGUUGCUGCUGAGUUCAGCUUUUGCCAGCCGUGGUCUAGGGGCCCCAUCCUGGCACCUCGCCAAUCACCGCAGUGGGAUCUAGACCCAGCACCCCAGGUCCAAGAGCUGAGUAGCUAGUAGACUGUGAGGGCUCCAUGACUUCCACUCUACAGCCUUGCCCAGGGCCCAGUAGGGUGGGCUUUGUUGUAUAUAGUUGGGGUUUGGGGGCAGGCCCCCCUUUGCAGAGCCUGGGGUUUGAGGGCACCUGGCUGUGUCCCUGGCCAAGGGGGUGGGGGCUGGGCUCUGAACAAUGUACGACGUCCCUUAGAGUGACCAUUAAACCUGACCCUCUGCCGCGGCUGCCGCGUGGUCUCUCCUCACUCAGUGCCCCAUGUCGUGCUGACUUGAGGUCACUGCUACAUGACUUCCCACACACGUUGACCUGGGCAGUGUAGAGCCACUAGACCACCCACCCACAGGAGCACAGACCAUGAGAGGGAUAGCAGAGGACACCCAGAAUGUCUGUCAUCCAGCUCAGGAGGGAGUGGAGAUCUGUGUGGGGGUAGGGGGAUGUGGUCCUGUAGAAGGGCUGAGUGGAGUCUGGAGUGAUGAACAGACAGCCCCUCUCCUCUAUCCCACCCUGGCCACAGUAGAGGGCUUCCCCCUUAGGAUACUUGUACAUAUGGUCAGCAGUAUG